AUGAAUCACAAGUUGAUUGCUGAAGAACUAUCUAGAGGGCUUGAGCAGAUGCUCAAGUCCUGGUCUAUAUACAAGUCCCGUUUCCCAAUGUCUUGGAGAGUCUAUAGAGUCGCUCGUCGACUCUAUCGACUCUCUUCUGAUUGGUCCUUUACAGGAGUCUACAGAGUCGCUCGUCGACUCUGUCGACUCUGUCCUGAUUGGUCGAUUGUCACGUGA